AUAGAAUUGUACUUAUAGAUUUAAGACAUAAAAGAAACUAUAUUGAUCUACAAACUUUUUUUACAUUUAUAGCGGAUUGUGAAUACAAAUUAAAGUAAUUUUUAUAGAAAUGUUUAUCUUUGUUUUCAAGUGGACAUUGUUAACUACCAAACUCUUAUUGUAAACGUAAAUUAAUAUGGAGACAAUUAAAGCAAAUGCCGCGUUUCUUUGCAAUUAUGAGGUUAUGCAGAUAUUGCAGAAACUGAAAGACAAUACUCAGAGAAAACAUAAGCGAGAAGCUUCCUUGGCCACAGUCACAUAUGAGACUGUACAUUACCUGCAAAAUACAGAAUGUAAAAAUCAAAGUGAAGAAUGUAUACAACAGUUUUUGGAAGCAAUGAAAAGCUUUAAAUUGACAAAGUCUGAAAAACUGAUGAUGGUCAAUACACCUCCGAGAACUGAGCUGGAGAUACAAUUGAUAGUACAGGAGAGUGAAGAGAGGCUAUCUGAAGAUGAUGUCGCUAAAAUUAUAUCAAUAGUUAACAAAAUUUUGCCUGUUAAUACAUAAGAUAAUAAAAAUUUUCGAUUCUUUUACCCAAUUUCACAAAUAAAAUCCUGUGCCCCAUUUUGAA